CCGUAUCACAUGACCAUGCGCAAUCUUACUAGAGUUUUCCAUAUCACGUGAUACGGCUUGAUGGCCUGCCGAUUUUCUAGACUUUGAUAUCAACUACUAUCAAUCAACGCCACACUCUAAAUCUGGCAAACUCGCCAAUGCGACAACCUCCUUUCUAUUUUGCUAGAGCAAUAAUUCGCGUUUGGAAAAGCAAUCGACAAACAAAAACUGCUUAUUAGUGGGGACUUUGAGCCAAAGACUGCUCAAAGGUACGUGUUUUUUUUCUCUGCCUCAGCUGCGAGAAUCCCAUAAAGUCAAGAGAUCACGGGGUUGUUCAUCAUGUCACAUCCUCCACCUCCAGGCACAAACCUUCCCGCGCGACCUCCCGCCAGCAACUCGAGGCCCGGGUUCAGAUCGAGCUUCAACCCGUCCGGCCAGUCUGCCGCACCGCCGUCGUACGCGAAUGCGAACUCUGCGCGAGCUUCCGUCCCCAGCUAUCCAGCCGCCCCUGCAGCAUCUGCUGCAGCCACGCACUAUGGCUCGUCGUAUCAAUCUUAUCCCAGCCGCCCUCCGGCAACGGGGGUGAGCCACUCUGCGGCGGCAUAUUCGUAUCCUCAACAGCAUCAACAGCACAGUGCUCAUCAACAGCCGCAAAGCUAUGCGUACUCGCAGCCGCAGUCUUACCAGGCACAGCCAUACCAGGCCCAGUCGUACCAAGCAGCGCCGCGUAUCCAGAACCCGUUCCCUACGCCCAGUGCGAGUGCAACUAUAGGUCCGAGUGCAAAUGUGAGCGCGAGUGGCACUGAUUACGAUCCGGACAUGGCUGCCCAGAUUGCACAAUGGCAAAGCGCCUACGCGCCGCAGACCGACAAGGACGGCAAGCCAGUCCCAGCAGCGGAGUAUGCAAGGACUGAAGGCAUGGAUGCGGCCGCACAGCAGCCGGAUAAGACCAAGACGGUUGUUCGAGAGGGUGGCGGAAAGAAAUGGACGGAUGAUACAUUGCUUGAAUGGGAUCCUUCCCACCUACGCCUCUUCGUCGGAAACUUGGCGGGAGAGACCACAGAUGAGUCCCUUUUGAAGGCCUUUUCGCGAUGGAAGUCUGUUCAGAAGGCCAGAGUCAUCCGCGACAAGCGAACCACAAAAUCCAAAGGCUAUGGCUUCGUCAGUUUCAGCGACGCCGACGAUUUCUUCCAGGCUGCCAAGGAGAUGCACGGCAAAUACAUCCAGAGUCACCCUGUCGUCGUGAAGAAGGCCAAUACCGAGAUCAAGGCGACCAAUGUCAAGAACAAGGCACACGGAGGCAAGAAGAAUUACCAGAACAACAAAAACAAUCGAAACAACAACAGCAACAACUCCAAUGCCGGGGGCUAUGAGCCGCAUCUUGGUCCCAAGCCAGGCGCGGGUAUAGCCAAACCAGGCCAGAAGACCAAGAACGGCCUGCGACUCUUGGGUUAGAGGAAGAGAGGGGGCUAAUUCUUCAUCAAAUAACUUGGUAGCAAGAACUUUGGUCUCUGGUUGUUAUUCUGCUACAUCUGCAUAUUGGCGUUGGAGGGGCUAUUAGGACAUACCCAGUCAUGGAAAUAAAAUAACGAAACUUUUUGUUUUAGAAGCAUCUACAUAAUUGAUGCGAGUAACAUGGGAGACGAACAAAUGCGCAUACAAAUUUUUUUUUCUUUUUCUUGUAACCUUUCAGUCAACUAUUUUCUUGUUCGCCCAGUAUACACCUCUAAAUUUCAUAUGGGUAUAUGUUGUUACUCUUUAAUCUAGCCGUCUAGACCUCUAUGCCUUCAAUCAUCCACGCUAAUUUGAAAUCCCGACUCAGCUGUCCCUCUCUCUCUCUCUCCCUCUCU